AUGAAUACAGGAGUGAAACAGGGAAGAAUCAUGAGUCAGGAUGAUUCGACCCAGCCUCCUGGGUCGGAGGAUUGGACCCAGGAGGAUAGUGGCGCUACUACUCCGGUUCGUAGGGGAAGAGGCAAGAGGGGCAAAACAAUGGCAAAAGACAUUGUAAACAUGCCUAGUGGGGAAAAAAUUUGUAUUGGUGUAAACAAGUAUGGCCAAGCAAACUCUACAAGGACAGCCAAAAUAGCUACUUGGAUUGGGUUGUUAGCAAAAAACACUGACUUGUUACCAUUAACGUACCCUGAUUGGCGAAAAGAGAAAUUUGACAUACCGGAAUCUAGCCGGAGUUGGAUCCUAGAGAAACUUUGUGCUCGAUGGGGGGAUUACAAAUCUCUACUGAAAUCUGAACAUUUUAAUAAGUAUGAGACGGAUUCAGAACAGGGUUCUUACUUCCAACCACUUUCUUGGAACCUCCGUAUGAAGGUUGCUCUCGAUGCUGCAAAGGGGCUUGCAUUUCUUCACAGUGCUGAGACAAAAGAUAUAUAUCGUGAUUUUAAGGCUUCUAACAUUCUUCUAGAUUCGAGCUACAAUGCAAAGCUUUCUGAUUUUGGUUUGGCUAAGGAUGGUCCAACUGGUGAUAAGAGCCAUGUGUCUACUAGAGUCAUGGGGACCUAUGGAUAUGCAGCUCCAGAGUACCUGGCUACAGCGGUUGAUGCACUGAUUAUAAAAGUGCUCACGAGAAAAAUAGAACUGUUGUGCAAUGACCUUGUUUUGUCCAUCAAGGCAUCUAUUUACUUUAGUUUGUUGGUUUGUGCCCCUCCAGAGCAAGACAAAACUGAAACUCAAGCUCUUGAGGGAUCUUCAAAAGUUCCAAUAUUGGUUCAAAUAAUCACAAUGGCAUGGAUGGUGGAAUGCAGUCAGUUUCAUCUAUUGAUGAUGGAGAAUUUCAUCAGCAAACAGGUUUACCUUCUAAGGAGGCCUUGGCCUAGAACAAGGGACAACCAAAUUCAAAGACAGCAUCAAGUGGAAGAAGUCAAGACUAACUGGUUUUAUUCAGAAGUAAAUUUUUAUGCAACAAAAAAUAUAUGGAAAUUGUACUUCACAAAAUUUGAACAUGGAAAUGGAAAAUUAUCUGAUUGA